CCCAAUCAUUAAAGAAAUACAGCAACAGAACAUGGCAGUUAAUGAUACCAAUCAUGUCAUGUAGAGGAGUGAUGUGUAAUUCACAUCAUUAUUAUAUACAGUAGCUUUACUGGGUCUUUUCCUUUCUCACAGGUGUUUAUUGCCUGGCCAUAGGGCCUAGUGAACUUGCGUCGCUCCUGGACCGGAGAGCGGGCACCGAGGAGAGGAGAGGCGAGGCGGCGCGGUCGAUGGCGGUGACCGCGCGGUACUUGAUCUAUUUCCAGUACUGCGGCACCAAUUACAGUGGUGUCAUGAAAAGUCCAUCGCACCAGCUUGUUGCCGGGGUUCAGAAUUACUUGGAGGGUGCGUUGCAAAAACUUCGGCCGGCCAACGAGGUCAAGGUCUUCAUCUCUAGCCGGACGGACACCGGUGUCCACGCUCUGUGUAAUUCUGCUCACUUUGACAUUCGGAGAAAGGAGGGGAAGCAGCCAUUUUCAGAGGAGCUUCUGGUCAAUGCUCUGAACUACCAUUUAAGACCCGAGCCAAUCAGCAUCUUGAAAGCCUUUCGAGUGAGCGACACGUUCCACGCUCGCUACUGUGCCCGAUCACGGACGUACACCUACCGACUUGUGACGGGAUGUGCUAACCAUUCUCGUCUUCCGGUGUUUGAACGGAACCUUUGCUGGCCCGUGUCCAGCAGACCUCUGAACAUAGAUGCCAUGAGGGAAGCAGCCCAGACGCUGCUGGGCACACACGACUUCAGCACCUUCCGGUCCUUAAGCUCCGAGACUCCCUUCAAAUCUCCCCUGCGGACGCUGCUUCAGGCCGAGCUCACGCCGGGCUUCAGCACCACGCAGCAGAGCUACCCCAGCCACCUGGAGUUCUGGGAGCUAACCUUCAGGAGCCCUUCAUUCCUCUAUAAACAGGUGCGGAGAAUGACGGGGGUUCUGGUGGCUGUUGGACAGGGCAAGCUAAUGCCCCGGCACGUUGCCGAGCUAUUGGAGGUCCGUGACUCCAGGGCCUAUCUGGGGAAUCUUAUAGCCCCGCCAGACGGCCUCUUUUUGAAGAACGUGGAAUAUGAUGAAAAGGAUGUUUACGGGACAUAAUUCAGUGACUGUGAACUCAGAACAAACUGCUGCUUCCAGCUGUUACCGGGGCAAGUGGCAUCGACGUUCAUGGAUGGACUGGCCCCGUCGGUGACUUGUACGACUUUCUUGUAUUACGUAAACGUGCCUGGGUGUGUUUCAAAUUAGGGAGAAGUAACAGUGUUGGAUGGAGGCUAUUUUGUUAUAUAUAUUAAUCAGCUUCUGAAAAGUUUUGUGUGUGACAGUGGAGAUGGAAAUGCGAGCCAGAACCCUCCUGGUCCUUGCCCCAAAUCCUGAGAAACAGACCCGAGCAAACCCACUUCAGUUCCCAAGGGAACAUCUGCAGGACGCCCAUCGAAUUUCCAUCAGCAACGCAUCCUCCCCAGCAAUACUGAAGGCUAUACAAUUGAAAUCCCCCUGGUUUCCUUGGCUGAGUAAGUCUAGGGAAGACACUCUCCGGUCCCGCCAAACCCGUGAGAUUCAGUCAGUUCUCCCACCCCAAACCCCGGUUUGUGUGGAUGCUGUGUAACUUGCCACCCUGUUGCAACUCAGUGCCAAGAAACAACAGGCAGCACCCUGCUUAUGACUGAAGGAAUCCUAUUUAUGAAUCUUAACUCCAGGGUUAGUAAAGAAAAGAAAGGAAAAAAAAACAAAAAGGACCAAUAAUAAUUAAACAGUCAAAUGUGCACAAGAUGGAGCUCAUCUCUUCCAAAAGCUAUAUUCACCAGUUGUCAGUAGACCUCAGCAUCUUGCUCCAUCAAAUCAUGGUCCCACCACCAGGUCGAAUCCAUCGAAUCUCUCCAGCGUCUUCUCCCUUCAUUUCCCGCUGGACAAAGGACCCCAGCUCACACUGGUGUCAGGCACACAACAGAAAACCGGCUCCCCUGACUGGUCGGCUCACAUUCCAGAGCACCCAUUACCUCUAACCAUAACCCAAACACCGUUACGUAGGCAGUGAAACCUUUCCCAGUGUGUUGCACAGUAUUUCACAUCUUCAAGCAAUCUGGAUGAAUAUGUAGUCAUGAACAGGAUUGGAGACCGUGUGUGUGGAUGAGGCUCUGCAGCAAGUUCGAGAGGAGAAGGUUAGAUGGUUUCUAACUUGUGGAGGUGACGGAAGAUCACAUUUUACCAACACAGUUGUAACGAAUCAGGAAGAUAUCCAGUGCUCCCCAGGAGUCUUUCCUAUUGUGUUGGCUAAAAAGGUGUUCCCAGGAGAAUUAAGUAUUAAGUUUUGUUAAGUUCUACCACUGAUAGGUUAUUGAGAUUAGUCUGGGGUGUGGGGGGUUAGGAACAGUAACCAUUUUCUGGGAAAUCAGUGUAUCGCUUGGAAGAAUUUAAACACAAAUGAUGAAAUGCAUCUAAUAUUUUAAAAUUCAAUUGAUAAUAAUGGUUAGCAUGGAACUAUUGGAUUGUUGGAAGAAUCCAGUUGCUCACCAGUGUCAUUCUGGGUAGGAAACCUGCUGCCUUCAACCAGUCUAGUCUUUGUGUGACUCCAAACCACCCGAAUCCUGGAUUUAGUUCUCUGGAUGAGCACACAAUUUGAAUAAAGCAAAACGUCAAUUAAAGCUACAAUGUGUUACCAUUUUUAUAACUAGACUGCUGAAGUGUGCUCAUGACUAUAGUUCGCUUCCUCAUCGAUCAAGAUAUAGAAAUUGUUUCCUUAUAAUUAAGUGGAAUUGAUACCAACUGUGGCAAAGUUUAAAAAGGAAACAGUACUUGUUCCCUAUGCCUUUGCAAGCUUUGGUCCACUUCUGACAUCAAGUUAGAGGACACCGCAUUUCAUGGUCUAGUCAUUUGCUGUGGCAUUGCUCAAGGUAAGGAAACAGUUUGUUGUUUGAAGGAGUUGCUGGGCAUGGUAAUGGGAUCUCUAGGAAAGUAUUCACAAUGCGAUCGGAUAGACUUGAGUGUUCAGGGGCAGUGGAUACCUGAAUCCUGAGGAAAUGCAUCAUGAGUAUUUGGGUAGGUUGAGGUAAUGAGGUGCAGGUCAUGUCAGAUCAGGAUCUGAGCUGGUAUCUGGGACACUGGGCAGUUUGGCAAAGGCUGGGCGAGCAAAUGGUUAUAGCGCUGGUAGCCAGUGGGAAGUGACUUUAAGAUCAGUUAACAACUUCCUCACACACUGAGCUGGAGUGGUCAGAUUGUUACCAGUGAAGCCCAGCAGUGCACUAUCAAAGCUUUACUCUUUGAUGGAGAAGGUUUCAUAAUCUGACUUGUAUUUUAUUUCCAUAAAAACAUGAAUACAGCUGGAGAGCGUGAGGGAAGACUAUUCCUGGGACGAUUCAGGCUGGUCACACGACACUGGUGGUUUUUAUCUUGGUCCAGUUAACAGCAGGCGUGAGGGAGGGUUGUUUAUCCCGGGUUUCCAUCGGCCUGCUCCAGCAUGGUGUCUGAUGCACGAAGGCAUCGGCUGAGUUCCACCCACCCGAUGCUUUAAUGGUAUUUCAUUAUGAUUUAUAUUUAUAUUUCAGUUCCCCAUUAUUGAAAAUAAAUUCAUUUUAAAAGAUAGUCAAAAUCCUGAAUUGUGUCUUAUGGUUAGUGGAAGGGCUUAGGGAAUUAUGAAGCUGCACUGAGUACAGGAAUUGGGACGUUAUGUUAAACUUGUAUAAGAUGUUGUUGAAGGCAAACUUGGAGUUCUGGUCGCCUACCUACACAGGAAAGGUAUCAAUAAAGUUGAAAGAGUACAAAGAACACUUAUUAAAAAUUCAUUUACGGGAUGUGGGCGUUGCCAGCUAAGCCAGCAUUAAUUGCCCAUUCCUGGUUGCCCUUGAGAAAGCUGCACUUCAAAGGAUGUUUUUGAGAGAACCUGAGUUAUAGGUUAGGACCCUAUUCUGCGGAGCGUAGGAGAAUGAUUUGAAAUUCGGCGGAGGUAUGAUGGGUACAGACAGGAUAAAAUGCAAGCAGGCUCUUCCACUGAGGUUCAAUGGUCAUAUGUUAAGAGUGAAAGGAGAAAUAUUUGAGGGAAUAGGAACUUCUUCACUCAGAGGGUGGUGAGAGUGUGGAAUGUGCGCCAGAGGAAGUGGUGAAUGAAUGCGGGUUUCAUUGCGACUUUUUAAUCACCUUACAUAAGAGGAGUAACAAAGGUUCAUCAGACCGACUCCUUGAAUGUGAGGACUGCUGUGUGAGAAGAAAUCUAAUGACAUUGUGUAUUUCCUUAUGAGCCCAUUCAGCCCAUCAGGUCUGCACUGUCUCAGAGUAUUCCCAGCAGGUCCAUCCUCCGCAUAUCUCCCUGCAACCUGAUCUCCCGCGCAAACCCAUCAACACACAUCCUCAUUCUCCUCACUUACCGGUUGAUCACCUAUCAGCCAGCACAUCACAUCCAUGGGGUGCGGGAGGAAGUCAGCACGUCCAGGGAAAUCCAGACGUCACGGGGAGAGUGUGCAAGCUCCAGACGGACAUCACCGGAAGUCAGGAUUUACUCUGUUGGAGAAGGUUUCAUAAUCUGACAUGUAUUUUAUUUUCAUAAAAACAUGAAUACAGCUGGAGAGCGUGAGGGAAGACUAUUCCUGGGAUGAUUCAGUCUGGUCACACGACAUUUGUGGUUUUUAUCUUGUUCCAGUUAACAGCAGGCGUGAGGGAGGGUCGUUUAUCCCGGGUUUCCAUCGGCCUGCUCCAGACGGACAUCACCAGAAGUCAGCUUUACUCUUUGUUGGAGAAAGAUUGAACCUGGGAUUACUGGAACCAUGAGACAGUAACAUUACCUGUAGCCCCACUGUGAACCUUUGAGUAUUCUGCCUAGGUUAGACAGGUUGCUGGGGAGUCCAGAGCAAGGGAUAUGAGAGAUAUUCGGAGUGAGGUGAGUAAUUUCUUCACAUUGGGCUGGUGUGUCCCUGGAGUUCGCAAGCGCAGAGGUCAAAUCGAUGAAUAUCUUUAGGAAGUGGGGAAAUAGAUUCCUGGACUCAAGGCAUCGAAGGGUAUGGAGGUAGGACAGGAGCAUGACGUAGGCCUUCCCUGGGUUGUUUUAUGGGCAUACAAAGUUGAUUUUGUCCACGUCAGGAAAUACAGAAAAACAUUCAAUGCAAUAACCUUAUCUUCACAGUAUUGUAAUGUAAGGCCAAUUAACAUGAACUUUCCCUAUCAAAUAUCAAUGUUACAGAAUCAGGAUGCCCUAGCUCACUGGCUGGUGUUAAUGUGCUCGAAGUAUCAGCGGAUGUUACAUUCUUCAAUAGAGUUUCAUUGUAUGAGUGCUAAAGGCAGUGAUUACUUGCCAAUUUCCAAAGCAACUGUCUUAAGCAGCAUCCCACAGUGAAACUGGCAUCCUGACUUCUUCGAGACAAUGGUGCCUGAUUACUGUGGGGAGGUUGCAUGCAAACAAGUUCUUUUAUUCAAGACUGCUUGAAUUUAAUAUUUCUGGGAGCUCGUUCGUACAUGGGGUAUCCAUAACUCAGGCAUUUGUAACUUAGGAAGGAUCUGUGUUGAGGCACUGGAUCAGCCGUGAUUGUACUGAAUGGCUCUAUAGUCCACUGCUAUUUGUUUCGAUUACUGUAGCUGCUAACUGUCUGUACACUGUCAUGUAGUCCGUUGAUCUUGGAAUUUGUUUAUUAUUGUCACAUUACCAAGCUUGUUGUAUAUACUGUUCAUAUGGAUUGCAAAGAUUAGGGUGGUUUGGUACCACAGUGGUUAACAUAAUGAUAUAACAGCACCAACAACCAAGGUUCAAUCCUGCCGCUGUCUGUAAGGAGUUUAUAGGUGCUCCCUGCGAUCACGUGUUUCCACC